GAUGUGUUUACAGAAGUGGCAGAGGAGCUGAAUAAGAACCGCUGCCAGCAUCGCUCCAUCUUAGAGUUCCUCUAGAGGAAUUUCACCUCACUUUUCUGUAUCGUCACUCUGAGCUCUUCUCUUAUUCGGGUAAGUGCAGAGUGUGAUAGUUUCUCUGGUGUGUUUUUGUGAAUCUGCUGCUCCUAAUCCUCUCUGUUUUUCUCCCUCUAAACAGUAUGUUUAACAGACUCUGAAGGAACUAUGGCCAAGAGGGCCAAUCUUGUGGCGUCCAGGGAUCACUGGAACCACAUAGACCUAUCUGGGUCUCUUCAGGAUCAAGACACUCAAGGUAUAGAAACUAACUAAAGGGAUUUUAUAAGGUUAUGAAGUUUCCAGAGAUGUUUAAGUGUAAUCUUAUGACUUAAAAUCUUCCAAAUCAAAGUUCAUUUUAUUUAGUUUUGCUUGUCAGGAUUAAAUGUUGCAUCAGUUUCAUCUUCAGAGACCUGCAGGAGGAUUCAGAACUUGUUUUUUUUUUUUUUUACAUUUCUAUGUUUCUUUAUUGCUGGAGACGCUGCUGAUCAGCUCUCAGUGGAUCUUUCUUCUUCCUCCUUCACUUCAUGCCAGCAGUUGCUUAUCUGCAGACUCAUUAUAAUUAGUUGCAUCAUUUCAACCACAGGAAGUCCAAGGACGGACGGCGUUAGGAAGUGGCUCUCCACCGCUGUCAGUGGGUGAGUAUCAGGACUGAACCCCACAUUGUUCUUCGAUAUAAAAAGACAGUUUAAUGUUUUUUUGUGAUAAAGCUUAUUGAGUAUAAACUGCAGGAUUAUGAAUAAUUUGAAAUGAUCUGGCUGUAAAAAAAAUCAUGUGGUUAUUUAAAGUUCCUCUUGAUAUAUUGUGCUUUUCUGGAGUCAAAGUAACCCUGAAAUUUCUGUUCAACUAUAGCGCCAUGUAGCCGCAACAUGUUCAAUGUUGUCUUAAUCUAUUAGAUGUCAUAGAUGGUACUAUGACAUCUGCUAGCAUUGCUUUUAAUGAAUAAAGAAAAAAUAAUCAAGCAAAGUCAGCUGGGCAUUUAAAGGGAAAGUCCGAGUAUUUGCAUUAAUCAAUUUCAAAGUCAGAUGUAAAAAACUGUGAAAUUUUUCUCUGAUGUUGAAAAGACUGUUUAAAGUUUGAGUGUGCAUGUUUACACUCUAGUGUGUGUGUGUGUGUGUGUGUGUGUGUGUGUGUAUGUGUGUGUGGCCGAACGUGCACGUGCUUGUGUGUGUGUGCUCUGUCCCUCCUUCUGAUAUGAUGUGACCUGUGUUUGCAGGGAAGAUGCAAAGCACGAGACUCCGUGGAGAGCUUCAGGUACAACCAAUGGAAAUUUCUCUCUCUCUGUCUUAACUCUAAAGAAGUUUUUUUUGCUCCUUGUCUUCCUCCUAAAGUGAUUCUGAGGUACACAGCGGUGAGUACAGCGUCUGUUCUGACCACUUUUGAAAACUUGCAAACUUUUUUAAUGGCUGUAAGUAACAGGAUCAGGUUAAAGAGGAUCGUCACAGAGCUUCUUCUGGCUGAGGAGAAAACGUUGGCUUAGAUAAGCAUGCUUAGAUUGUAUGUACUGUGCCACACAGAUCAUUAGUGAAUGGGAGAAUAUAGACACAAAGCAUCUGCUGUGUGAUGAAACACACAGUUGCACAACACUCCACUUAACAUGUGAUGUUCAUUUCAUCAUUUCAAUCAAAUCCCCCUUUAAACUGCUGUCUCUUCAUUUUCUUUCUAUCUCUGAGUACUUCACUUUUUUGUUUACUUUGUAAAAGACUAAAAUGACGUUUUCUUAUGUGACUGUGACGGAUAAAACCAGGUGAAAUCAAAGGCCACACUUGAUAGAAAUUAUGCAUUUUGCUGUUGAGGGUUUGUAUUAUCUAACCUACACCUCUUCAUGUACCCUGCCCUUAGGUCAGGCCCAUUCAAAUUGCAUGCAAAUGUUGGCUAAGAAAACCAUGGGAACGGCAAAUUGCUCUUCAUGCCUCUGCUCACUCCUCCCCCUCACCCCUGAACAGAGUCGCCCUGCUCGGCUGUUUUUCACUCUGGCUGAGACUUUCUUUAUCUCUAUCCACUGUGAUGGGUUUAUUGAGGACAGAAACAGAGCCGAGGACUUUACAGAAACAAUCUUGGGUUUUACAAUAAGUUACUCGUAUUACAAUUGACUAAAUUAAGAGCGUUAUAAAUUUUGCAACAGUUACAGUUUGCUUACAUGUUACAUCACCAUCUCUAUUUAUUCAAGAAAAUGCGUUACUAUCACUGUAUAACUAUAGCUAUAAACACUCAUAAAUGAUCAUAAUGCUUUGUAGCAAUAAUCAUAACACAUUAUAAAGCAUUUUAUCAGGACUUACAAGGUCAGGUAUCAUAAUGUGUUAUAACUGUUAACAACUCACUGACAAUACCCACAUAGAGAAUGCAUUAUACAUAUAUUUAUGAUGUGUUAUAAUUUGCUUAUAAACUUGUAUAACCUUCAUUAUUAACACUCAUUACUUAUCAUAGGGCUGUAUAACAACAAGCAUAACACAUAUACCUUACCCUGUAAGUCAUGAUAAAAUGCUUUAUAAUGUGUUAUGAUUAUUGCUAGAAAGCGUUGUGAUCGUUUAUGAGUGUUUAUAACUAUAGUUAUACAGUGCAAUAACAUGAUUAUAAUGCAUUAUACAUACAUUUAUAAUGCAUUAUAGAGAUAGGCGUCAAGUAAAGUGUUACUGAUAAGGGUAUUCAAUUAGAAAUGAUAAGAAGAGAGAAAUGAAAAGUGACUGCGCAGAAGAAAAAAGACAAAUUCAGCAGAAAAUAACAAAGGUUAAAUCACAGGAUCCCUCAGCGGUGCCAAACUGAGCCCAUUCCUCAUUUUCAAAACACAGUGGCGUACAAAAAACAAAUGCAUAAAGCAACACAAUAUGCAUGAUGUUGGCAAUCUAUCGGCAAGUGUCUUGCAACAACCCACCACAGGAAAUAACACCUAAAAAAGGCCGGUUUACCCACACAAGUGAGAAUGCCAACACAAAAACACAGCUUCAGCACCGAGGCGAAAACCACACCUAACACCCCUGACACUUAAAACCGUGCCAGACUGAUUUUGUCUGUUUCAUCGCACGAAACACAAACAAUACAUGUGCACAUACAUAAAUUAGUUCGUUAUUUACAGAUGACACCAUCAAAUCUGAGCCCAUUCUGCUCUAAAAUGUUUUAUAUAAGUCUGAGUGUUCAAUAGUCUUCAUGUUUCUGUGUCUUUGGUCUCUUGCAGAGUCUCUCACGAAGAACCCAAGCUGUGAAGAUGACCUGGUCCUGGGUGUAGAAGGUAAACAGCAUCCUAGCCUGGACAUUUACGGUGUCAUUCUGAGCGAGGAAUCUUUGCAGGCACACUCCAGCAAAACACUGUUUACGAGUGGGGAACAUGAGCCAAUGAUUUAUCCGUCAAUUUCUGCUUUUGGAAACAAACAGAGAGGGAGAGAGAGAGAGAGAGAGAGAGAGAGAAGGAGCAGCUCCAGAAUCUUCUGUGUAUUUAUGCUGAGGAGGGGGGCAGACGGAAAGGUGAAGCAGAAGUUGUUUAGCAUGGGAAGACUCUUUGUUUGUAUAAUUUAAAGCACAGUAUAAGACCCUUAGCUUAUAUUCUGUUUUCCAAACAUGUUUAAUAAAAUAUUUAAAGGCUUUUUAGUAGUAAUUUUGGCUCAUAACCCCUUAAAAAGCAGUAUCCUAAAUUAUUUGAAAUUUUCAAAGAUUAUUUAAAAUAAUUUAUCCCCAGUCAUGCCGCUCAUAGAAGGAUCCAAACGAAUGGUCCAACUUUUUUGGACUGUGUUGCAGCCAUAGACUGUAUAUACUAUGGACAACGUGGUUCCGCCUUUCGCCAGUAGACGGAUUUGAAGCAGAAAAGCUCUCGGCAUUUCUGCGAUUUUUCUCCAUUUCCUAAAACCAACAUUGCACAGUAGCAUUGUACACAUUCAGCGGGAGAGUCGUCGAGAGUCGCUCGGCUCAAAUAGUGUAUCCUACGGGUGAGCUACGGGAUCUUCGUACACCCAUAGGCUAUAUCAGGUGUCAAUCAUAGAAAACAUGAACCCCCUAAUAACUUUUAAUACUGGAGCUGUACAGAAAAAAGAGGACUUGAUCACAAACCAGUCUUACAGAAACUACAUGUCAACAUCGCAACCAGGGGGGAUAAUAAUUGAUAUUCUGUGUCAUUAAUUUCUAAAGUUUGUCCACAGCUCCAUAGAGAUUGCUGGAGGAGGUGGGAUUUAUGACCUAUACUGCAGCCCGUCACCAGAGGGUGCUGUUCUUGGGGUGACUUCACCCAAUGAGGAGGCAGAUGCUCUCCGUUCUGUAUACAGUCUAUGGUUGCAGCAUCGAAUUCACAAUGAGUGAAUAUUUACAAAAAACAAAGAUUUUUUUAAAUGAGUUUAAUUGAAUUUGAAGUUGGUCUAUUAGAGAAAUUUCUUUUUAUUGAUAUAAAAAGUUUGAGGUUUUUUUUUUUAAAGGUCAAAGCAUGGCAGUAAAGCCAGAGAAAAUACAACAGUGUGUCAGGGGGAGGUAGGAGGGACUGCCAAAACCUUCAGAAGCCUCUAAAGGGAACAGAAAAGAGGGAGGGUGAGAGACAGAGACCGAGAGAAACACUUUCCUAAUAUAGCUUGAGAAGCCCUGACACUAGACCUGGACAGGAUGUACUGACUUCUGACUUUUUUCCGGCAUUCUUCAUCCCUCCAUGUGUCCCCCUCUGCAUCACACUCACUUUUUACCUCCUAGAGCGGGAUAACGAGUCUUUUCUCUCCUGCAGCUUCUUUAUAUGGUAACAAGGGAGUGAGGACUGCGCAGGACUUUCUGCGGUAAGCACUCAUCCUGGAUUUUUUAUCUCCUGUCUGAGGUAAAAUGUCACAUCUAGAAGUAUAGAGUACAGAUGACCUCUAUUACACUGCAGAGUGCAAAAACUAUUCCCUAUGAGUUAUGACUGAUGAGUAAAUGUUAUUAAUUACAGAAAAAAGUAUGUUUGUUUGAAAAGAAGUGACCUCUUGCUUUGUUGUUUAAACUUCUACUGAAAUUUGGCCCAAACAUAUUCAACUGCAGAUUCAACAUCUAGAUUCUGUUAUCCCGUUUUCUACCACUGCUCUUUGUCUGUGACUGUAAUGGCAGCUUCUGGACCCUAAAAACAUAUUACAGAUCGUAUUUACCUGGCAAAUAAGCCUCUCCUCCUUAACCUGCGCAGCAUGCCGCACGGUUUGCAUAUGAAGCGAAAGGAUCGAAUAAUUACAGUGCUCGACAGCUGCACAGAAAUUAUACAGGUACUGGUAUGAGUGCAGAAGGUCAGAUUUGAAAAAGACCAGGAACUAAAUGUGAGUAAACAACAGCUAUUAUAUAUUUGGAAGUCUAUUUCUUUAAACGAUAUCUGGGCAAUUCAACAAAGUGUAGCUUAUCUCUUCAUUUGCAUGCACAGAGAGAAAUAGGAGGCCACAGUUUACUUUGACAUUAUGAUUUGAAUCCCACAGCAUCACAUCAUGAUAGUUAAAUUGGCUGAGUUAAGCGAUAAAUAUGCUUAUGAAUUUCAAUAUUGAUCCACAACUCAGAAGACAACAUUACAUAGUUGCAUAAUUUGCAGCUGAGAAUACUCCUUAUUACUCCUUAUAUUCCUUAACGGCAGGAACAGCUUUGUUUGUAGGGAAACAUCAUUGGUGACUACGACUUUUGGAAAAGAAAUGAGUUGUGAUUUUCUUUCACGGCCAAAAAAACUCUCAGGAGCAUCUGUCUGAGAUACUCUGAAUCAACAAAGUGCAGGUCUGGGUGGAAAGUAGAGCAGUGAAAUGUGUUUUCCAGCUCCUGUGUGGGCGUGUCUGUAAUAAAGCUGCUGGGUGGGCUCAUCGUCCCACUGGCUCCUGUCAAACUAUUUAAUUUCAAGACUGCUUGUAGGCUUUGUACAAGGUUUCUGACCUCUGACCUCGGAUUUAUUUUGACAUUUUAUCUGUUUGCUUUGCCUGUUCUGAUGUUAACUUUGAUCCACGUUUAUGAAAAGUUUAAAAAGUUCAUUGUUAUCACUUUUUAGUCUUUGCUAUUUUCAGCUAUGACCUAUACUACAAGUUUUACUGAAGCGUUGCCCCACUUGUUGUCCGUCAUACUUGUUUAGUUGGAACAGGUCCAGUCCAGCUUUGAGCAGGUGGAACAGUCUCAGCUCAACAACUUCAGAUCUCUCUGGACCCCUCAGGUAACACUUCAACACCUCUGUACAUCGAUAAAACACGCCAAAGCUCUGUCGCCUACGUUGACUCUCUUGUUGACAGUGUGAUGGAUGUACUGAACCUGUGGAACGAUGACCCAGAGGAGGUUCUGUUGGACCUUGGCUUCGGCCGUGAACCUGACCUCUCUGGGCGAAUCCCGGCUCGGUUUAUUAACUACCCGUCCCAGGCAAGAGGAAUAAACCUCCAGGUGUUUCUGGAGGCCCAACAGAAUCGGCUGGACUUGGAGAAUCCAGAUGUGAGCAGUAAGUCUAACUUGGAUCAAUAAUCAGAUUAGGAAAAUUGUGUAUUUGUGUGUGUGUUUGUGUGAUUGUGUUGUGUACUGUUUUAGAUCAAUUGUCCGUCUCCUUUUCUCAGAUCGUUUCAGGCAGCUUGAAGUUCUUCAGCAGGUAACCACAGCUUUCUCAGCCCUGAUUGGGUCUUCGCCCCCUAUCAGAGCACCCCAGGAGGACUUACCUCUUGAGGCUCGGGAAAGAAGGAGGCGUUUGAGCACGCUGUUUAGACGAGCAUCCAAAAAGACACUCAGUGAUCUCAAAAACCGUAAAAGCCAAGACCAGACCGCUUCUACUACCCAAUCUCCGUCUUGUACUGCACCUCAAUCAAAUCCUCCUCGAACCGGCCUCGGAGACAAUCGAAUCCCUUUUAAAAGAGUAAAAACUGGACUCCUGGAGACCAUGCCUCUUAGUCCUCUGGCAGAGGAGCAAGGGGCUGGUUCGGACGCUCAGCCCCAGCCUCAGAUGGUUUCUUCGUUGGCUCAGGAUGGAGAUCUUAGAUCGUGGCCUCUCAGGGAAGGUCGCCCGGUGAAAACUAACCCUUUUUCACAGAAGAGGAAGAGCCGAGGGCAGACCAGGGAGUCCUUUGAAAUGGAGGAGGUAAGAGCGUCUGCAUCUAUACAUGUUUAUCCUAGUCAAGGUAAAAACACGUCCUUCAACGUCUUAUUUUAUACUUCUUUACAGAUCUAUAGUUUUGAUGAAGGCAGUGUGACAGGGGGCUUCACUGGAGGAGCAGAAAGUUUAGGUGGGUCAUGAACGAUCAGCCGUCAAUGGUGUUGUGUUUUUGAAUGCACCACUUUGAGUUGUAAUUGUUGUUUUUUUUAUCGCUCCCUUGUGUGAACAGUCCGAUGUGUCGUACGCACCAACAGCUGUCAGUCAGACAGCAGCGGUUUCCAGGAGGAGCCAUUCGUCCCCCCUCAAUCUCAGCAGGAGUCGCCUGAUCUCAUCAAGGUUCUCACUCCUUUCUCUCUCCUGAAAUUAAUAUUCAAAAACACGUUUCUGGCUGUUUGAUCAUCUGUCCUUUUGGUUGCAGGCUCUGUCGUGUCUGUCAGGAGGGAGCACUGAAAGCCACAACAAUGACAGACCUGGCUCGCCGUCUCCUGCUUCUCCUGAUACCUCCCUACCUCUCCUGCAACCUUCAACCCCGACACCUCCUAGUCUCAACGACUCGUCUGUCUCCUCGACAUGUCCUCAACAGGACCAGUCAUCAGACUUUGUCUUUUUCCCAUCUCCUGCUUUAUCAUGUCUCCCAAAAUCGGACCUGGACGUUUUAGAAAAUGAGACUCCACCGGUCCAGGAUUGGUCACCAUCUGCAGAGUUGGAAUGUCUGUCCCGUUGUUCUUCUCCACCUGAAACACAGAACUCAAAUGACCGAUCCAGCACUCCUCCUGCUCCUCCUGUCUCCUCCAGAUCUCCCAUGGAAACUGACUCAUUAUUUAAAGAGUCAGAGGAGAUAAAAACUGGGGACAGAGACAGUCCUCCCCCUGAACUCUCUGCAUGUUCUCAAGACUCUGAUCCCACAGCAUGCACUACCUUUUCUAGUGGACCACUUUCUGCCUCAUCCACCCACCCAGAGUUGGAUUUUGCACCUUCUCCUAUAAUUUCCUCCUUUUGGGAUCCAGGUGACACACAGUCUGAACACUUUAAGGACUCUUCUUGUGAGAACUCCCACUCUGCUUCUGAUGGACCAUCAUCUCAGCUUCCAUCGUUUUCUUUUGCACCUUCUCCAGCCCUGUCUGAUUUCUACACCCAGAGUCAAGAAAACCAUCAAGACAACCAUCUUCACCAGGACUCAAGACAACCACCUCCCUCUCUCUUAUCUCAGCUGGAGCGGGACAGACCUUUGGCUUUACCUGCUUUAAUUCAGGAUUCCUCAAGGAUCUGGGAGUUCUCCCCAGAGCAGGCUCUCUCGUGUCUUUCAGGAGGGAGCACUGAAAGCCACAACAAUGACAGACCUGGCUCGCCGUCUCCUGCUUCCCCUGAUACCUCCCUACCUCUCCUUCAACCUUCAACCUUAACACCUCCUUUUUUCGACGACUUGCCUGUCUUCUCGACAUGUCCUCAACAGGACCAAUCAUCAGACUUUGUCUUUUUCCCAUCUCCUGCUUUACCAUGUGUCCCAAAAUCAGACACGGACGUUUUAGAAAAUGAGACUCCAAUGGUCCAGGAUUGGUCACCAUCUGCAUCUGCAGAGUUGGAAUGUCUGUCCUGUUGUUCUUCCCCGCCUGAAACACAGAACUCAAAUGACCGAUCCAGCACUCCUCCUGCUCCUCCUGUCUCCUCUUGCUCUCCCAUGGAAACUGACUCAUUAUUUAAAGAGUCAGAGGAGAUAAAAACUGGGGACAGGGACAGUCCUUCCCCUGAACUCUCUGCAUGUUCUCAAGACUCUGAUUCCGCAGCAUGCACUAAUUUUUCUAGUGGACCACUUUCUGCCUCAUCCACCCACCCAGAGUUGGAUUGUGUAUCUUCUCCCAAAAUUUCCUCCUUUGGGGAUCUAGGUGACACACAAUCUGAACACUUUAAGGACUCUUCUUUUGAGAACUCUCACUCUGCUUCUGAUGGACCAUCAUCUCAGCUUCCAUCGUUUUCUUUUUCACCUUCUCCAGCCCGCUCUGAUUUCUACACCCAGGGCCAUGAAAACCAUCAAGACAACCCUCUUCUCCAGGACUCUGGACAACCAUUUCCCUCUCUCUUAUCUCAACUGGAGCGGGACAAACCUUUGGCUUCACCUGCUUUGAUUCAGGAUUCCUUAAGGACUGGGGAGUUCACCCCAGAGCCAAAUCUUUCUCUGAAUCCAUCUACUCCAAUUUGCGAGUCUACCGUGCCUCUUGAAACACACAAUCAGGACAGUCUGAUGGAUACAACUGCUGGAGAAGUUUUAGACGUGACAAAGCAGUCCACCUCCCAACAAGACAGACCAACUUCUGAUGAUGAGAACACGAGUGCAGACCAAGAAGUUUUUCCUCCGGAUAUGGAUCACUUUUCUUUGGACUUAGAGGAAAACCUUCAGAAGAAUGGAAAAGGAGACAGACAUUUGGAUUAUGUGCAGACUCCAGAAGCUGUUUACACCCCAGAUCCAGAGAGUUCAUCUAGUCUGCUGGAAGGGUCCAGUAUAACCAAUGAAGAAGUAUGCAAACAAGAAGAAACGGAUCCACCAAUCUCAAGAGAAGAGUGUCAAAUGGAGAUUUUUUUUGGCUCAGAAAGUGAAGCAAGGAGAGCUGUUUUAGUCCCACAUGAAGCUGCAGAAGCAGACAGCAGACAAGAAGUACAACCAAAAGGUUUGUUCGAGAUCGAGAGCUUAGACGUCGUGUUUCAAACCUCAGUGGAUGGCUCAGACGGUGAAAACGGAGAUUGUGACGCUUUUCUUGAACAGCUUGAUACUGAAAGGCAAGUUUACUGGGCAGAACCGAUCCAUAUCUCCAGUCAGUGCUCCGUGGUUGAGGAAUCAGGCAGCUUUGAAGCCUCAGGUGGAUCUCCUGAGGAAUCUCUGCUCCAUGGAGGACCGGUCGUUUUAGACUCACUAUCACCCAUGAGUCGAGUAGACUCUGCCCCAGCAAACGCAGAUCUAAAGCCAUCAAACCGCUCUGUUUCUGUCCAGAUGUCCUCAUCUCCAUCUUCUCAUAUCAUCCACAGGAAGGAUAUUCCCUACAUGACUGAUUCAAAACCCACACAUUUUCCUUCAGAUCUUUCGUUGGACACCUCAUCCCCUUUCCGGGCUGUUCAGUCAUGGACAGACUGGCAAAUUCAGAAAAACAAUUGCUCCAAGAUGUUGUCACACGGGGCUCUAGAUGUGGUCCAAAACCAAGCAUUCAUGUCCACAGACUUUGCAGAAACUACGCAAAAGCCUCCACUGGUCUUCUCCUCAUCUCCAUGUCUUCCUCUGUUAAAAGACUGGAGGUCAUACGAUGGUCUCCCUGGAACAGCAGAAGAUAACAGUGCUGCAUCAGUUUCUGUGAAUAAAGGUUUAUGGUCCGAUCAGGAGGAGGAGGAAGUGGAGAGGAACAGAAGUGAAGAUGAGAAGAACCUUUGGGAGGACAAACAGACAGCUCCCUUUGUGUGUUGCUGCUCCUGUGACCAUCAGGAUAUCUGCUUUUACAACAAGCAACACAGUAUGGGAAACAUACCUGUAAGUAAUACCACACUCACACUGAUCAAUCAAUUAAUUAGACAAUCUUUAUUCACUAUAGUGUCAACUGAUGAAAAAUAUUUACCCAAAUAACCUUUAGAGAAAAAUUACUUUCAAUCACCACUCAUGGAUUUUUAACACCCAACAUUGGGUGUUGGGUGUCUUCAUUUCACUUGUUGGGGCCUGUUAGCUAAAAUGCACAAUCUAAAGCACAUGGUGAAGGGUAAACCACCAAGUGCAUUUUGCUGGUUUGAGCUGAGAUGAAAUUGAGUACAUAAAUCAGGUGGUGGCAAAAGCAGGUCGAUGCCUACUGUAAGUACCUGCAUCUGAACUCUCUAGAGUCAGCUUGGUGGGAUGAGUCUCUACUCUACUCCACUCAACUACUGGGUUUGAGUUGUAAAGGAAAGGGAUUGGGCCUGGUCUCUCUCUUUUUCUUAAAUACUGAUUUUAUCUUGAACUCAGCUGAACUGCCAGGAGGACUUCUGGUGAAGAUAAGAACUUGACUAGAGGUUUCCAAUCCAUUGAGUGCAUCUGACAUGUGGGCCAAGAGGCAAUUUUUGAUUAUUGGCUCACGGACUACUUUGCUUCCUGAUCACUCCCCUGCGUGCUUUGGUGGUUAGUGGGGGGUAAACCACAGUCCUUGGAUUUUGGGACCGCCAAGGUUUCUGGAGAUCCUAAACACAGAAACAGUUUGCACAUUUACAUGACACUUGAGAAAACCGAGUUAUUGCCUUACUCUGAUUAAGACCGAACAACUGAAGUGCAUGUAAACACCUUAGUCCAACUCCAAUAAGAGUUUCAGAACUCCGAUUAAGACACCUAGAAAAUAUGAUUGGAAUUCAAUUUUCUCUACCAUGUAGCCAGCGUAGUCAGAGUAUGAUAGGACAAUCAUACUCUGUGUGCCACGCCUCCGUAACCCCGGAACAAAAACACCAGAGAUGAGAAGCAGUGUGCACCUCACCCACCCAGAAAAAGUUGCGCAUACAUCAUGUACAACGACAGUGCUGUAUGAUGCUCCAUCUUCUUGCUCAAAAAUGCCCACCAGCAGUUGUAGCCACUUCUGAUGUCUUGCACAGACCUACUGUUGUUGUUGGGUCAACCAGAAACAGCACCACUGAAAAGACCCAUAUCCCCCUCUAGUUUUGGGGAGAAGGACACGUUCACGUCAAUAAUUUAAUUUUCUCAUGUGCAUGUAUACACGUACAAGGAGAGAAGUCUGAUUCGGAAAAAAAAACAACUAAUUAUGAGCUUAGUCUGAAUAGGCUGUGCAUGUAAACACACUGAGUCUGUUGGCCAGGACAUGAUUAAAUUUCUUCCUGUUUCUACUGAAAUCUCAAUCGUUAUUUUAUCAUUUCUUUGUUUGGACACAUUCUUUAUAGAUAUUUAAUGUAGAUCCACAAAAACUGUCCUGAACCCAGACCAUCUUCAUUACAUCAAAAAGACAAUUAAUGGUUUGCUCUUCAGAAGCAUAUUGUGAUUUCCAAAAAAGAAACAUAAUCAGAUUAAAGUCACAACAUUCACACUUUGUUAGUAUUGUGUAUUUGUUGUCUUGUUGCCAUAGUUGUUGAGAUGUCGGCCUUUCAAAGCUAGAACCAUAUUUACAUAUAAAUACCUCAUUUGCAUCCCGGGCUUGUGUUGAUCUUUUCUUUAUUUUUCUGAUACUCUCUGUUCUUGUUUAGUCGCUCUUUAAUUCAGUGUGUUUCAGUCCUAAUGAUGAGUGACCCCUGAAUUAACACUUUGGUGAAUUUAGACUGAAAAUAAGAAAACACACAGGCUUAUUAUACUGCUCUCUUCUGAACAGAGGAGUCAGCUGUGCCUCCUUAUUUUUAUUUAUACUUAACAGUGAAGGUCUUGAUUAAUGUCACACUACUCACAGCUUAAUCGCAUCUACAAACAGAACUUGAUCACUAAAAUACAGCCAGUAGAAAAUGGGAGUUUUUAGGAAUAAAUAGGGAUCCAUAUUUGAUGGUGGUUUACUGAUCGUUUACGCACAAAAAAAGAACAGGUUUACUCCGUUUAUCUGAUGAGAGUGUUAAAUCUACAAUAGAAUACAUUUAAUCUUGCAAGGGAAUGUGUUUAUUAAAUGCAAUAUAAGUAUGUAGAGUAAGUAAGCAGAGUUUUGCUUAGGCCCCCUUUUGUUAAAGGGCUAUAGUCCUGGUGGUGCUUGUUUUAGGACGUAUUUUUUCCUCAUCCUCUUCCUAUAUUCCCCAUCUCCUGCUCUCUUUCUCUAUGAAGCUUUCCAUUUCAAAGGCUAAAAAGCCCCUAAAUAUCCCCACAGUAAAAUGAAAACAAGACAGAGUCUCAGUAAUUGAAGGUUUCCGCCUUACACUGUGUUCUUUAGUUUUCUUCUGGUUUUAUUUGAGUGCAUUUUGUGUUUUUUCCCGAGUGUUCCUGUUUCCCUGUUGUCCAGUCUUGUGAGUUUUCAGUUUGUGUUUGACCCUGUUUCCCUUCUGGUCUCUGUGUUUUAUUCCUUAGAUCAGUUUCCAAUGUUUAUUUCCUGUUUUAUUUUGUAGUAGUUGAUUCCUUGUGUUUCUAGUCUGGUUUUACUUCCCUCAUUUUCCCUCCUUCGUUAAUCACCCAUGAUGAGUUUCACCUGUGUCUCGUUUGCCUCACCUGUUGCUCGUUACCCAGUGUGUAUAUAGUCCCUGUCUUUCCCUCUGUCCUGGUUGGUUCAUUGUGUGUGUGUCAGCGUAUGCUUGUGUCCCCAGUUGUCUCCUUGUGGUUUUUUUUUUUUCCCCUCAGUGCCUUUUGUUGGAUUUUGCCUUUUGGAUUUUUAAGUUGGAUAUUUUAAACUAAGUUUAUUUUAUUUUUUUUGUUGCUUUCAUUUUUGAAUCUGCACUUUGGGUCUUUUCCCCUUUUGUUUAACCCUGGACUGUGACUCUGUGACCGUUUCCUGUCUGUGAAAGGUUUUAAAUACAAGUGUAAAAGUUGUUUAUUAACUGUCUUUUGUAUUUUUUUUCUUCUAAACAGGAAGAAGAUCUUUCUUAUCUUUCUACUGUUCACACACUGAUUUUUCUUUUUUAUUUCUGUGUCCGCUUCUCUUGAUGUGUUGUAACUUAAUAUAAGAUGUUUUUAUCACUCUUGUUUCUUGUUUUUCCGUUAUCUGUAUAAGACUAUUAAAACUGUGACUGUAAUUGCUCUCCACAGUACUCCCUGGAUGAGUUGGAGGAGAUGAUGCUGUGUCUGCAGCAGUUUCGCUCUGUGCUGUGCAACAUGGAGGAGCAGCUCUCUGAAGACCAGGCUGCGGUUUACAGCUGUCUCUCUGAUCAGGACAGGUACAUACACACACAUACCAUAUAUAUAUAUAUAUAUCAAUUUUUUAAAAUCCUACAUGGUUAGUUUAGAAGUUUGGAUCAGCUGACUGGUGUGUGUGUACAUGUGUAGGGAGAAGGUUCGGGACAUAGAAGAGCUGAGGCGAGCAGUGAAAAAGGAGGCCGAAGAGCUGGAGAUGCAGCUGAAUGAACUGGCCCAUCACUAUGACGAUGGCUUGAAAAUGGUACUCUGACCUCUUGUACUGUGACUCAAAAUACUGAAUCCCUGUCUUCUGUUUAGUCUGAUUAUAUUACUGUGUUUUGGAAAUAGAAAAUGCACCGACUGUUAGAUGAGCAGUCUCUGCUCUGCAGUCAGCUCAGAGUCUCUCUACCUGGAAAGGUGUCGACAUCACUAGGCCCCGCCCCCAACAGGACAGUAGCAACUCAGUGCUCCCUGCUGCCCUGGAUGAAGAGCGACUACGUCUCCCAUUGGAGUGCGGACUCUCCCAGACAGUCUCCUCCUGGAUCAGAUAGCAUAAGUGAGGGUCCCACGAAGGCAGACAAAGUGGACUUAGUCAGCUUUUUACAGCGGGUAAGAACAUCCCAGAUAUAUUUGAAGGGGCUUAGUCAGUUAAUUUGAAAAAUCGAUACUUGGUGGAUGAGACGAUACAUUAUCACCAGACAAAAUAUUGCGAUACGAUGCAGUAUCGAUCUUUUCUCCCACUAAUACAGGCCGUGACUGUGAUUUUCGAAUAAAUCAUAAAAGCUUAGAUUUCACCAAAGGGCUCAAAAGUAAUGAUUUAAUUUGUAUGUGGUGCAACUGAUAGGGUUCUAAUCCACUUAUUUUUAUCCUUAUGUGAUUAUAAAUAUAUGUUUUCAAUCAUAAAUAAAUGUUGUACUUCUGAAUCACGCUGCUUUCUCAGUACUGAAUUUUGUUUGUCCUGCUUUCUAGUUGAAAGAGUCUUUGCAACAUUCAGUGAACACAGACUCGCUGGAGUAAAAGGUGAGUGAGCCGCAAACACACCCAUGCACAUGCCUUCAAUGAUAAAGGAAGGGGGGCACAGGUGGAGCUGAGCCUGGGUCACCACCACCCUGACCUCCCUGAUCAUUACAGUGUGGUCAUUUUUCACUUUAAUUUUUCUAACGUAUGUGAUUUCCUUGUUUACUGUCUUUUCAGGUGUCAGCGGUGAAGUCUGCCAUCUUUCCAAACUGUUUUCAACUGAAUUUAUAUCCUUUUUAUGCUGUAAAUGUUCACAUUUUACUGAUGUCAAGUACUAGAGCCACUAUGUAAUUCAGACUGCUCAGAGACUGCCUCUUUUGUGAAAUAAAUAAAAGUAUUAUUUUAGGAUUUUAAAGAACUAACACUAAAGUAAUAGAAACAGGUUAGAGGAGGGGGGCUAUAAUGACUGAGGAAAUCCUCAAUGUAAAAUUUGUUUAUAUACAAAGAAAUUAUUUAGUUAUCUGCUCGGUGAAUGUACAAUGGUUAAUGAUUUACACAAUAAAUAUAAGACCACUGAGA